AUGAAGGCUUGCCUUGUCCUCCUGCUGGGAGCAGUCCUGUGCUUGGACUCAGGUUCUUGUUUGACAUGUUACAGCUGCACAUCACAGCUCAGUAACUCCAAAUGUCAGACGAAAAUGGACUGCAAGGAGAAUGAAGCAUGCAAGACGGAUGUGAUCAGGGUCAUAGGGCUCUUCAGCAUCAUCAGCAAGGGCUGUGACUCGUCCUGUGAUCCGCUCUAUCAGGACUUCAGUGUAGGCAACAGGAAUAUCUCCUGCUGCAGCAGCGACCUCUGCAAUGUCAACGCAGCGGGCAGCGUGAGGAGCAGCUAUGGGAUGGCAGCAGGGAUGGCAGCCAGCGUGCUCUGGAUCUUCCUGAACAGCAGAGGACUUCCAUGA